CACCAGCGAUAAAACAUGGCGGCGUUGCUGUUAACGCUAGAGAAGUUUGUGAGCAGGCUCAAGUCUCGAAGCAACUGCGUUUCAGAUUAAGUAGGCGGACAAAUGUGAUUUUAUUUUCCUGAGAUGAAGGUGUGUUGUGUUUUGAUUUGGGGAAUACUUUGCGGAAGUGUGACUGGUUUAUCCGGAUAUGGAAGCAACGAAGGGACGAACACAUGCGAGCCGAUAACCAUCACUUUGUGCCAGAACCUGAAGUACAAUGUUACUCGCAUGCCGGGUUUCCUGGGGCAUAAAAGUCAGGACGAAGCCGACGAAGAGAUCAUGAGUUACAAACCAUUAGUGGACACCGGUUGUAAUGAAAACGUGCGGUUCUUCCUCUGUUCCUUGUUUGCUCCGAUGUGUUCCCCGGAUGUGAGUGUAACCAUCCCAUCAUGCAAGUCAAUCUGUUUGAAGGUCAUGGAUGAUUGCUUGCCUGCGCUGCAAAGUAUCGGAGUUCCAUGGCCACCGAAACUCAACUGUUCACGUCUUCCAAUCCCUUCGGAAUCAUUAUGUAUGGAACCAAAGGACUCUGGUGAAGGGAACAGCGGUUCAGUUGGAACUUUCCAGCCAACGAGUCAUGCGGGUUUCGAUUGGCGAAAUCGCAACUGGGGUUCGCAUUCCACCAUGAUUGGAGAACCCCCAACGAGUCAUGCGGGUUUCGAUUGGCGAAAUCGCAACUGGGGUUCGCAUUCCACCAUGAUUGGAGAACCCGUGGACUCUAGAUGUCCUCCGAAUUAUAUCCCGGUUAGGUUGAGUUUUGCGCCAUUUACGUGUGUUCCGCGAUGUGGUGCCGAUGCUGUUUACUACGAGAAGGAUAAGGAGUUCGCAGAGGUUUGGAUGACGAUCCUUGCUAGUCUUUGUCUGGCGUCAACGGCGUUCACGGUUGCCACAUUUCUCAUCGACGUGGAUCGAUUCCAGUACCCGGAACGUGCCGUAGUAUUCUUAUCAUUGUGUCUGGGUGCCCAAGCGUCUGCGUAUCUGCUGCGAGCUAUUUUAGGGCCAGAACGAGUUUCGUGUGACGCCGCGGGCGCCGCAGUUGUCCGCGGAGGCGCCGGAACAUCGGGUGUCGCCGAAAACUCUUGCGUCGUCGUGUUCCUCUUGAGUUACUACUUCGGAACAGCGGCGUCUGCGUGGUGGGUUGUGCUCACAGUCACUUGGUUCCUCGCUGCUGGUCGGAAAUGGUCGUCCGAGUCCAUCAAGCGUUUGGCGCCGCAUUUCCACGUGGCGGCGUGGACGGUGCCGGCGGCGUUGUGCGUCGUGGUUGUGGCCUGGGAGCAAGUGGAAGGCGAUGAACUCACGGGAAUGUGUGUGGUGGGAGGAGGGGCGGCUGUUUUAGGCCUGGUGAUUGUGCCACUUGUGGCGUUUUUCUGCGCCGGGGCGGCGUUUAUCAUCACUGGGUUCUCGGCGUUGGUGCGGAUACGGAGGGCGUUGAAGCGAAGGAACAGGGCCAGUGCUGAUAACGUGGCCAAACUGGAGACUCUGAUGGUGAAGAUUCUGGUGUUUUCUGCAUUUUACGCGAUUCCCGCCCUGGGGGUGAUAGGAUGUACAGUGUUUGAGUGGCGCCACGCGGACAUUUGGUCGAAACAGGCCCUCAGACACAGCCGAGACUGUGCAGAUGCGCAUCGACUGCCCCGAGUCGACUUCCGCCACUGCUGGCGAGAAAAUCACGGUGGUGCCCAAAUCAGCAUCCCCAUGAUGCGACUAUUUAUGUCGCUCGUUGUCGGCAUCACGCCAGGCAUGUGGAUGUGGUCGUUCAAAACGUGGGCGUCGUGGAAGCACUGGGUGACCACCAGGCUGUGCUGCAGAGUCAGGAGUGGCGGCGGCGGCGGUGGUGGUGUGAAGAGUGGCGGUCUUCGAGACGGAUUCGAGCUCCGGAGAACGCCUUUGGUGCAGACGGGUGCUGCUGGUGUGGACCCCAGGCUGAAGUUGACUGGGGUUUAAUUUCCGUGUUCCGUUGUGUUUAUUUUUCAUUUUUUACGUAUAUAUGCCGGAUGUCGGAAAAGUUGCGGUGCUAUGAAAAUUACUUCGAGCUUUUCUCCAUCGCAGUUGUUGGAAAUUGUCCUCAGUAGUGGAUACAGGGUGUUCAACUCGCUGCUAGACCCUUGAUUGAAUUAAUUUUAGAAAAGUCAAUAUGAACGAUUGCAGUACUGUAUUUAAAUACAAAGGCUAAGACUUAGAAAGAUGAACGCUUGAACCUCUGCAACUGAAACCUCCGCUUGUCGGAUUUUUUCAAUUCCCUAUCUGAAUUCUUUUAGAAUAAAUGUAUUGAUCCGUCAAGCUCGAAGGGCUUUUCUCUCCUUAAACGUCCAUAACUCGAAUUUUAUGGAAGCAUUUUGCCAAUUAUUUUUGUGACCCAGGAAAGAGAAAAGCGAUAAAAAAAAUUUUAUGCUUUUUGAAAGGAAGUGAAAGGAUAUUUGGGAAAUUUAACUCUCGCCUCCCAAGUUCAACAUCCUGUCAAUUGCUGUACAAGGCAGUUUUGGGCUAUGAAAGAUCUAAUUUCAACUUCCUUCAAUUCUCCAUUUUUUUCCGAGGCAAAAAUUAUAUUUUAACUUAGUCAAAACCUUCCCCAGUCGAUUGUUUUUUCUGUUCUUUUGAGAUUCCGCUGAAAAAGGUUGAACUACAGCGGUUUUAAAUCAACGUUGCUACUAAGGACUGACGGAGCUCUGACUUGCUCAAACUUGCGAUUCUUUAAUUCAAGAACAAACCAUGACAGUAAAGAUAUGCAUUUUUUUUAAAUCGGAGCAUACCUUUGAUUCCUUCCAUUUUCCAUACUGGAGACAGAAUUCUUUGUCCAGAAAUGAAAAAAAAAUUCUCACUCCUAACUAUCCUUCCUACAUUGCUUUGACUCAAUUUUCAACUACCGACGUAUGUAAAAGUCCCCAAAAAAUAUUUUUCAACGUUUUAGUAAAGCGAGAAUCGCCUUGUACUUCCCAUUCUCCUUUACCACAUUUUCUAUCGGAUCAACUACAAUGUUUUCUUCAUUCGUAGAACGUCUCAGUUGUUCGAACUCGAUCACUUUUCGCUGUGAAGUAACUUCUCUGACACCGAAUGUUGAGAAUUUUUUCAUGGUUUGCGCGCGACGUGGUGCUAUGAUGUGAAAAAAAUUUCAGAGUAACUUACGAGGAAAAAUUUCCGCUUUUUUUGUGACGGAGAUGUGGUCAGAGCCGGGCUGAAAUCUUGCCGUAUUUUUUAACGAUUAUCCCCAUUUUUAGUUUAAAUUCGUGAAACGUCACGUAAUUUCAGAGUUCAUCCAAUAAAUCCGUUCUGUUUUAAUUCGUUGAAGUUGUACAACUUUUGCGACAGAGCACGAAAAACGUGCCUUGAUGUAGAGCGCAAGAACUGACGCCGUCCUUGAACUUUUGGCGAGCUUUGACGAGACUGAUUCAGAUGUGGAAGUUGUUUCUAAUCACGAUUAUAAUCAUUCAGUGUAACUUAUGAAGAGGAGCAUUUGAGGUUUUUUUUUUUCAAAAUUAUUCUUUAUCGAUGGGCUGGAAUAAUAGAGAUCACCCUCUAUCCAGUCUAUGACGAAGAAAAACUUUGGCAAAAAUCGGAUUCCGUCCUUCGCGUGGAUUUCGCGUUCGAAUGAAGCGAUGACUCGAUUUUGACGCUGUGUUUGUGUGAAGAAUUUCCCAUCUGCGCACUUCAAAGAGAUUUAGACUUCGACGUUCAAGAAUCUUCGACUUACAUGAUGCAGAUGUCGCCCGUUUUUUCAAGUUUUAUUGGGUCUAUGUGAGAUUUAAGGUUUAAAAUUGUUUCGAUUACUUAAGGACUCCAAGUGUGUUAGGUUGAAUCCGGUUACUCUGGUUAAAAACGUAUACGUUAUGCAACCACAUUUUAAUUUCUAUAACUCGAAUCGGCCUGAGUAGAAUCCCUCCAUAUGCCAAAUUUUCUUUGUGUCCCUGUCUGAAUUCCCUUAUGGUAGUUUAGUUUCCCCAACUUGAAGGUUUUCUCUUCCAAAUCUUCAUAAAUUGAAUUUUCCUGGGGCCUUCUGGCUGUUGAUUUAUUGAUACCGUGAAAAAAAGCAAUAAAAAAUGUUACUUGAUAUGUAUUGAAAGAAAGCAGAAGACUAAUCAAGGCAAAUGAACCUUUGCCGCCACAAUCCGUAUCCUGUCAACUAAUUUAACACGCAAUUUGUGGCCCAGUUUAUCACCAAUUGAAAUUUUUUGGUAAUAAUUUUUUCUUCCUUCCAAACAAACAGCUUGUCUCCCUAACUAAAAAUGUUUUCCAUGUCUCCAGAUUUUCAACAUGUAGAGGUUCCAAUAUACUGUAAUACUUAUGGUCAGACUAAUGUUUUAGGCGAUACCUACGUUAAAUAGGAGCAAUUAAGAUUAAGGAACUGGAUCUUCUGUGUGCAUUCGAGAAAGAGCUUAUGACCGUGGGAAGUUGUUGAACUUGCGGCUUCUUGAUCAGGUGUUGUUUCGAACUGCCUUCGGAAAAAAUUCUGUGAUUGUUACGAUUGUGUGGUAAAAAAAAUUUCUAUUGAAAUUGAAA